UUGCCUUUAUUUGGACGAAUCAUAACCGUCGAUUAUUAUUCUAAUUAAAUUAAUCUUGGAGUAUUAGAUUUAGAGAACUAAGACCUAGAUUUUGAUCUUUAAGGGUUAGAGUACAAUAUUAUGUCCGAAAGAUCAGUCAAUUUAUGGUCUGAAUAGCGUUUUCAUACUCAAGGUAUGUGGUACCCUGGAUUUCACCCUAGGUACCAUAGAACUUCCCAUAUGAAAAACGAUUAAUUUCUAUCAAUAUGUAUAUAUGGUAAUGACCAGUGUACGUAUAUAUAAAUAAAUGACACAUAAAUCAUAAGAGAGAAAAACUAUUCUCUAAAUGCAGCUAAUAUAAUUAUCUUACUGUCAUUAAACUAGCCACCUAACAAUAACAAUAUAUCAAUGAUACGAGGUAAUGAAUCAGGUGUGUAUGUAUGAAUUGUUUUAGACUCUUAGUCGUUAUCAUAGUGUUUACCACUAAAAAAUCACUCAAUACCACAUUGAUUAUUUUCAAGGAGUCGUAGUGAUUUAUAAGGCCAACUUAACCAUGUUAAUUAAAUUGGUUUAAGUUGGGCCUAAAUGAUGGUAUUUUGGGCUUCAUACCAGGUACCUCAACACACACUAGUUGACCCACCAAACACCCAUCCGUCACGCAAGAGGGGUCAAGUGUCAAGCGUGUUGACACCCUUCAACAUCAACCACCCAAGUUGGCACCCCAUCAUAUUUAGCCAAAAUUUCGCCCCAUCAGCCGCCUACCUACCUCGCGGGUAAUUACCCCUAUACAUGAUGGGACGAAGAAAGCCAAAAUUUGGCUAAGUGUUGAGACCCACAACACAAGGGGGGUCAAGAAUGACAUCAUCCCAGGGGGGUCAAGCAUGAUGUCAUGCAAAAGGGUCAGCCGCCUAGACAUGAUGGGGCGAAGAAAGCCAAAAUUUGGCUAAGUGUUGAGAUCCAACCACAAGGGGGGUCAUGCAUGACAUCGUCCAAGGGGGGCUAGACCGUGAUGGGAAAGAAGGCGAAAAUUGGCUAAGUGUUGAAACCCAUAGCACAAGGGGGGUCAAGCACUAUGCCAUCUACCUACCUUUCACCAGGGGGGCCAUGCAUGACAUCGUCCAAGGGGGUCAAGCAUGAUACCAUCCAAGGUGAGUCGAGUAUGACGAGACGCAAGCUAGCUGUGGUGGCAAAGAGAGACAAAAUUUGGCUAAGUAUGGAGAUCCAACCACAAAGGGGGGUUAAACAUGACACCGUCCAAGGGGGUCAAGCACCGAUACCAAACGCUAGGGUGUCAGCCAUGUAUAUCAUAACAUGGUAGACCACCUUGUCAAGACCCUGCAUGAUGCCACCCCAAGGGGGUUAGUGUGCAUCCAUCAAACCCCCAAUCACCCUGGUGUCGAGCAUGACGUCAUGUCAAGGUGGUUAGCACGAGUACCACCAAGCGUGAAGCCUUCACUCACCAAACAAGACACCUCCAUGGCACAAGGGGACAUUAAGUGGCAAGCACGCAAGACAGUCAAGGCAUCAAGCAAGCUACAUCAGCACCAAGCAGUGGAGCAGCGGCUACCAAGAGGCUGUUGCACGACGGUUACAAAGGAUGACUAUAAAUAGGAGAAACGAAAAUGAAGCAAGGGUUCCACAACCAACUAUUUGACACACUAUGUCAAACUUUUAUCCUUUCUCUGCAAAUUAGCCAUAGCCCUUAGUUUUCGUAGCUCUCACUGAACCUCCAUAGGAGUAGAGUAGCGUAACUUAGAUUAUUCCCAAAAACCAUCAAAAACAUCAAACACCCUCGUUCAAACAUUGUUCGGAGAGGAGUGAACCGUGUUGAUUGUCGUUGUUCAAGAAGUCAAAGAUGCAUUCAUUGUGUUCAAACACAAGUUUUUCCUCGCCGGAAAACACAUAGGCUGAAAAAUCUAUUCCCUUUCAGCUUUUCAUACAACAUAACUGUAGAGGUGGCAAAUGGAUUGGAUUGGUGGAUUGAUGGAUUGGUGGAUCCAUGGAUCAAAUGGAUUGGUGGAUUCAUGGAUUGGAUCAAGUGGAUUGGUGGAUUAUCCAUGAAUCCAAAUGACAUCCUCAACCAAGGACCAAUAUGUAAAAUAUAAAAAGUUUAGGUACUAAAAUGUCAUAAUGAAAAAUUUUAGGUACCAAAAUGUAAUUUUCCAAUGAUAUUUUUCGUAUAAAAAUUAAAUUUUAGG